AUGGACGUCACUGCCCUUCGAGACCGCAUUCAGUCUACCUUGGACGCGAAUGCGGAUAUUCGCCGGCAAGCAGAGCUUGAUCUGAAAUAUGCCGAGACUCAGCCCGGAUUUAUCAAUGGACUUUUGGAUAUUCUGCAGGGCGAACAAAACAAUGCCGUCCAGCUUUCAGCUGGUGUAUACUUGAAGAACCGCAUCACUCGCGGAUGGGCCCCCGUUGAAGAUAGCCCGCAACGUACCCCGAUUCCCGAAGCUGAGAAGCCCGGCUUCAGAGAGAGACUUAUUCCUGCUCUGGCUUCGACCCCACCCAAUGUCCGCAAUCAACUGGUUCCCCUCCUCCAGAAGAUCCUUCAAAAUGAUUUCCCCGAGAAGUGGCCCGAGUUCAUGGACCUCACUCUCCGCCUUCUCGGUGGCACCGAUGCCAGCACAGUUUACGCCGGUCUGCAGUGCCUUUUGGCUAUCUGUCGGGUGUACAGGUUCAAGGCUGGUGAAAAGAGAGAAGAAUUUGACAAGAUCGUGGAGGUUUCUUUCCCCCAACUGCUCAGAAUCGGCUCAAACCUCGUUGAUGAGGAAAGUUUGGAAGCCGCGGAGAUGCUCCGAAUUGUGGUGAAGGCUUUCAAGCAUGCAAUUUACUUUGAGCUAUCUCCGGCUCUCCAGACCCACCAGGCGACUGUGGACUGGUGCACACUGUUCCUGCGCAUUGUCUCCAAGACACCCCCUGCGAAUGCCAUGGGAGAUUCGAAGGAGGAAAGAGAGAUGAACCACUGGUGGAAGUGCAAGAAAUGGUCAUACGCCAACCUUAACCGCCUCUUCAUUAGAUACGGCAACCCCACUACUAUCACGAACUCCUCUACCCCCGAUUAUAAGCCUUACGCCAAGACCUUCAUCACCACAUUUGCCCCCGAAAUUCUUAAGGGAUACCUCGCCGAGAUCGAGAAGUGGGUUUCCAAGACACAAUGGCUCAGCAACUCUGCGCUUUCAUAUACCCUGGUCUUCAUGGAGGAGUGCGUCAAGCCCAAGGCGAUGUGGGACCACCUGAAGCCACACAUGGAGAACUUGAUCGCCCAUUUCGUCUUCCCGAUCCUGUGCCAGUCUGACGAAGACAUCGAGCUCUUUGAAGAUGACCCCUCCGAAUACCUCCACCGUAAGCUCAACUUCUACGAGGAAGUGUCGGCUCCCGACGUUGCUGCUACAAACUUCCUGGUUUCUCUUACCAAGAACCGCAAGAAGCAGACUUUCUCAAUCCUUACUUUCGUCAACAGCGUUGUCAGCAAGUACGAAGCUGAAGCGGACGACCAGAAGCAGCCCAGGGAGAAGGAGGGUGCUUUGAGAAUGAUUGGCUCGCUUGCAUCAGUCAUUUUGGGCAAGAAGAGCCCUAUCGCCGACCAGGUCGAGUACUUCUUCGUUCGUCACGUUUUCCCUGAAUUCCGCAGUCCCCAUGGAUUCCUCCGCGCUCGUGCCUGCGAUACCCUGGAGAAAUUUGAGCAGCUCGACUUCAAGGACCCCAACAACCUUAUGGUCAUCUACCGCAACAUUCUCGAGUCUAUGACCGACUCUGAGCUGCCUGUGCGUGUUGAGGCCGCUCUUGCUCUGCAGCCCCUUAUUCGCCACGAUGUUAUCCGCACAUCGAUGCAACAGAACAUUCCCCAGAUCAUGCAGCAGCUUCUCAAGUUGGCCAACGAGGUUGACGUGGAUGCCCUUGCCAACGUCAUGGAGGACUUCGUUGAGGUCUUCUCUGCCGAGCUUACUCCCUUCGCUGUCGCUCUGAGCGAGCAACUUCGCGAUACCUACAUGCGUAUCGUUGGUGAGCUCCUUGAGCGCAACGCCGCCAAGGGUGGUGAUGAGGAUGCUUACGGUGAUUUCCUCGAUGACAAGAGCAUCACCGCCCUUGGUGUGUUGCAGACCAUCGGAACUCUUAUCCUUACUCUCGAGAGCACCCCCGAUGUCCUCUUGCACCUUGAGACCAUCUUGAUGCCUGUCAUCAGCAUUACUCUGGAGAACAAGCUUUACGAUCUCUACAAUGAAGUUUUCGAAAUCAUCGACAGCUGCACCUUUGCAUCCAAGACCAUCUCUCCCUCUAUGUGGCAAGCUUUCGAGCUCAUUCACAAGACCUUCAAGGCCGGUGCUGAGCUGUACCUUGAGGACAUGCUUCCCGCCCUUGACAACUAUGUUGCAUAUGGCUCUGAUAUGCUGGUUCAAAACCCAGCUUACCUCAACGCUAUGGUCGGUAUGGUGCAGGACAUCUUCGCCGACGAUAAGGUCGGUGGCGUUGACCGCAUCUGUGGCUGCAAGCUCGCUGAGACUCUGAUGCUCAACCUUCGGGGCCACAUCGAUCAAUAUAUCCCCAUGUUCAUUGAGAUGGCCAUGCGCGUUAUUGACGCUGGUAAUGUGCCUACCAAGUCCUACCGUAUCCACCUGAUGGAGAUGGUCAUCAACGCCAUUUACUACAAUGCUUCCCUCAGCUUGCAGGUCAUGGAGGCCAAGGGCUGGACCAACAAAUUCUUCAGCACUUGGUUCGCUAACAUCGACAACUUCCGUCGCGUGCAUGACAAGAAGCUGUCUAUUGCGGCAAUCAGCUCCCUUCUUACCUUGAACGCCACUGAUGUUCCCGUCAGCGUCCAGCAAGGAUGGCCGAGACUGUUGCAAGGUGUGACGAGACUUUUCCAGACUCUGCCUGCUGCUUUGAAACGUAUGUUUACUCGAACAACCAUCCAACGUUUCCAUGUACUAACCAGCGAAAUAGAACGUGAGGAUGCUACUAAGGAAUCUGACUUCACUCUCGAUGACGAGGAUGAUGAGGAUGACGAGGACAAUGACUGGGAUGGAGAUGUGGAGUGGGAUGAGAAGGAGGUUGAGGCUGCUCUCGGAGAAGAAGACGACGUCACUGAUGAGAGCGCCGCUUACCUUGACUUCCUCAACCAGGAGGCUUCCAAGUUUGGUUCAUUUGCUGAUGACGACGACGACGAAUUGGAUGAGGAGAGCCUCCUGGAGACUCCCCUUGAUAAGUUGGAGCCCUACGGCAUGUUCAAGCACGUUCUGCUGAGCCUUCAACAAGAACAGCCCCAGCUGUACGAGAGCUUGACCAAGGUCCUCGGCCCCGAUGAGCAACAGGUCAUCCAGGGCGUCUUCCACGAGGCUGACGCCAAGGCCAUGGUCGCCGCUGCCAACGCAGAAGCCGCCGCCGCCGCCGCAGGCAUGCAGGCUAACGGCAACUAA